UGCUGUUGGCGAUUCGUCGCCAUUACGGGGCUGUGGUGGUAGUGAGGCGACGACGGUCGUGCUGAGGCGGCCCGAGGGAGGGUUCCCUUGGGCGGCACUUCUGCUCCGAGCCCGCUUAGGCCGGAGUCAGCGCCGGGCCGGCCUGGUCCUGCGGGGCUCCCUCUUUCCGCCUCCGCCGUCCCUCGGCUCCCGGGGCCCCGCAGGCCCGGCCGCGCUCGGCGGCAGGUGAGGCUGUAACUGGACACUCGAGGCCUUUUCCCUCUUCCUCUCGUCAGGGCGAAGCCAUAAGGAAGAUGUCGCCAUGAAGGUGGCCGAGACUCCUGAGCUGCGCCGACCCCGCUGCCGGGCCAUGAGCCUGGGCUUCGGCCUCAGCCAUCGCCGCCGCCUCCUUUCGUCCUCCCGCAACAGCAGCGCCCCCGCGGCGCCCGUGGAUGCUCCGGCGUUCUCCCGCAGAAGUAACAGCAUCGGCUCUCACCGACGACGGGAUGGACAAGAGCAACCCCUGUGGCUCCAACCUCGGCCCCGGCUCCUCGGCGGCAGGAGGCAAAGGGCAGCAGCCCCGCUCUAACUCGGCCGGACCGGCCGGGGGAGAGUCCAAACCCAAAGGCGAUGGAAAAAAUGCAAAUGGAUCCAAGCAGCGUUAUAAUCGUAAGCGAGAAACUUCAUAUCCCAAAAAUGAGAACUUCUCCAGCCAGUCCCGUCGCUCCAAUUCACAGAAAAGCAAAGCUUUUAACAAGAUGCCCCCUCAGAGGGGAGGACAUGGCAGUGGCUGCAAACCUUUUAGUGCUUCUUCUAAUGGUGGAAGACGAGAUGAGGUAGCAGAGGCCCAACGGGCAGAAUUUAGCCCUGCCCAGUUUUCUGGUCCUAAGAAGAUUAGUCUGAAUCACUUACUAAAUUUUACCUUUGAACCCCGUGGUCAAGCAAGCCACUUUGAUGGAAGUGGCCGUGGCAGCUGGGGGAGAAGGAACAAGUGGGAAAACAAACCUUUUAACAAGGAGCUCUUCUUACAGGCCAACUGCCAAUUUGUGGUGUGUGAUGAUCAGGACUAUUCAGUUCACUUCACUGAUCCAGAUACCUUGGUCAACUGGGACUUCGUGGAACAAGUGAGAAUCUGCAGCCAUGAAGUGCCCUCUUGUCCAAUAUGCCUCUACCCACCCACGGCAGCCAAGAUCACCCGCUGUGGGCACAUCUUCUGCUGGCCAUGCAUCUUGCACUAUCUCUCUUUGAGUGAGAAGACUUGGAGUAAGUGCCCCAUAUGUUAUGGCUCUAUUCACAAGAAGGACCUCAAGAGUGUGGUUGCUCUGGAAACACGGCAGUAUGCAAUUGGUGAUGUAAUUACAAUGCAGCUGAUGCAGCGUGAGAAGGGAGCCUUGAUGGCAUUGCCAAAGUCAAAGGUGAUGAAUGUGGAGCAGCCUAUUCACUUGGGAGAUAAGCAACACAGUCAAUAUUCAAAGCUGCUUUUAGCUUCCAAGGCUCAAGUGCUGCAGCAGGUAAUUGCAGAGGAGAAGGUGGCUCUCCUACAUCAGUACAAGGAAGAGAAGCACACACCUGAAGCAUGUUUCAUUGAAGCAGCCAUCCAGGAACUGAAGGAUCGAGAGGGCACCUUGGUCUCUGACAGAAAUAGAGAUGAUGUUGCAGAGACCACAGCAGCAGUAGAAGAAUUAGUCCUGAUGGAUUCCUCUGACAGAGAAGCAAGAGUAGUCCAGGAGAAAAAGUGUGUUCUAGAGUAUCUUUCUGCCUUUGAUGAAGAGAUCUUGGAACCCCAUCCUGAGAAUUCUGCCAAUGCUGUCCUCCUCCCCUCUGAGACUAAGGAGGCAGUGGUGGGUGAUACUGAAGACUCUGUGGAUGCAGCAGGCACAGAUGAACUGGGUGAGGCUAGUUUGCCUGGAGCCGCCUGUGAGGAAUCGCAACUGCUUUCAACAUUCAGCAGCGGGCACCCAAGUAGUUCUCCAUGUUACUAUUUCUACCAAGCAGAGGAUGGGCAGUAUCUGUACCUUCACCCAUUGAACGUUCGUUGCCUUGUGCACGAGUAUGGCAGCCUGGAGAAGAGUCCAGAGAAGAUCACUGCCACUGUGGUUGAGAUAUCUGGCCAUUCCAUGACAGAGGAUGUUCGACAGCGCCAUCGUUAUCUGUGUCACUUGCCUCUCACCUGUGAGUUCAGUAUCUGUGAACUAGCUUUGAAACCUCCUGUAAUUUCAAAGGAAACAUUGCAGAUGUUUUCAGAUGAUAUUGAAAAAAGAAAGCGCCUGAGACAGAAGAAAGCUCGUGAUGAACGGCGGCGGGAACGCAGAAUUGAGUUGGAGGAAAACAAGAAGCAGGGAAGAUAUCCAGAGGUUCGUAUUGCUUUAGAGAACCUGCAGCAGUUUCCUGCCUUCAGCUCUUAUUCAGAAGAAUUCUCUGGCAUAGAAAAUCAGAGCAGUGUUCUGCAGUUACCACUUGGUAGAAGCCCUGUGUCUCAACCAGAGUAUUUGACUCCACUGUCACCUACAGCCAGCAUCAGCAGUCCCUCUCUGUGUGUUGGGAGCCUGGAGGAAGAGUCUCCCCUCCCCUCAUUUGCCCAGAUGUUGCGGGCUGGGAAAGCUAAGCCAGAAACAUGGCCGAAAACUAUUCCAAAGAAGAAAGAAGAGACCACAACCCUGGCACCUCCUGCUCCAGGGGACAGUGAUGGGGAGAGUGAUAAUUCAGACCGAAUACCUGUGCCUAGCUUCCAGAAUUCCUUUAGUCAAGCAAUUGAAGCAGCCUUCCUAAAACUGGACAAGCCAUCCACUGCUAACCACUACUUGGAAGAGAAAAAAGGAAAGAAAAAGAAACAGAAGCAAACGCUGCUAUUCAGCACUUCAGUGGUUCAUACAAAAUAAUCUUGGUAAUGGACAGGUUCUUUCUCUUGGUUUCUUUUGUUUGCUUUGUGUUUUUGCUGCUAUAGAUAAGUAUUUAAGUUUCAGCUGAAUAAAGUCUGUUUCUGGAACUAGGGCUGUGGUGAGGAUUCAAAACAAGCAUGUGUUCAGCUAAUUCACUUGUUGAUACCAAAAUAAAGUAUUGAAAUUCAGGCCGUUUAGCCAAUGUUUCAGGUUAUGCCAAGCUUAAUUUUAGCCUGACUUGCAGUUGGUCUGCAGGGAAAAAAACAACACUGCCAGCAAUGGUGCAUUUGUAUGCUGUUCUUGAGGCAAAAUUUCCAGUUAACUCCCUGUGAAAAGGAGUCCAAUGCAUAACAGUGGAUACAUUAAUAUCUCUUGCAGCUGCUACUCUGGAACUGAGUACACAGGUCUCCCUUUAGAGCACGCAUACAGAUUCAGGAUUCCAAUUUAAAAAGAAUGGCUAGCGGUAUAACAACUUUGGUUCCCAUCUCAACUUGCUGUUGCAGUCUUUGCAUUUUGAGGGAGGGCUUUUUGAAAAAGCUGUCCUAUCACAGUAAUAGGUUCAGAAAGCCAUUGUAUUCAGUCUGGCAAGUUAGCUGUGUGUGGUGCUACAAGAAUAAGGAACAAAGCUUUUCUUUUGGUAAGAACAGGUAGCAUGUUUAAACAACUAUGUAGCCUGAACCUCGAAGACCAUGGAUGCACUAACCUCCAUGGUGCGAUGGUGGAGAUCUGGACUGGAUUGUAUACUUCCAACCAUUCUUCUCACCCUUCUUUCAUUUAAAAAAAUCACUUUGCAUUGUUUGUGGCUUGAUCUGAAACUUACUAAAAGCUGUGUUGAAUACAGUGAGCUUCAUGUAUCAUACCAGCAAAGGCAAACAGUUGCAAUAAACAUGAACAACACAGGG